UGACAAGCUUCUGGUGAACUAUUUGUCGGAUGUCAAGUACGUGCUGCAGAUGAGGAGCCUGGCCACCGGAGAGCUGCUCCACGGCAUACCCAUCGACAUAGGCAGCGUCAACGGGAUCACCGGUAGGCGUGGCGACUCCGAGGUGUUCGUCGAGUUCUCGAGCUUCCUCACUCCGGGGAUCGUCUACAGGUGUGAUCUCAGCUCCGGGGCUCCUGAGAUGAGCAUAUACAGAGAGAUCACCGUCCCGGGCUUCGAUCGCACGGAUUUCAAAUCAAAGCAGGUGUUUUACCCGAGCAAGGACGGGACCAAGAUCCCGAUGUUCGUGGUGUCGAGGAAGAAGAUCGUCCUGGACGGGUCGCACCCGGCGCUCCUCUUCGGCUACGGCGGGUUCGGCAUGAGCACGACGCCGCAGUUCAGCACGGCCCGCGUCGUCCUCAUGAGGAACCUGGGGUUCAUGACAUGCGUCGCCAACAUCCGGGGCGGCGGCGAGUACGGGGAGGACUGGCACAAGGCCGGCUCGCUCGCGAACAAGCAGAACUGCUUCGACGACUUCAUCGCCGCCGGCAAGUUCCUCGUGUCCGCCGGGUACACGAGCCCGAGCCGGCUGUGCAUCGAAGGCGGGAGCAACGGCGGCCUCCUGGUCGCCGCCUGCAUCAACCAGCGGCCCGGUCUCUUCGGCUGUGCUCUGGCUCACGUCGGUGUCAUGGACAUGCUUCGGUUCCACAAGUUCACCAUAGGUCGUGCAUGGGCUUGCGAUUUCGGCUGCUCGGAGAAGGAGGAGGAAUUCCACUGGCUGCCAGUCCGGCAAGUGUUACAGUAUGCAGAAGGCUAA